GGGACUGGCGUGUCUCCAGUCUUCCGCUUUAGCUAGUUCCUGUGACCCACGCAGAGGUGACAGGCGUGUAAGGGUAGAUGUGAAGAUGGUGCUACCCGGUGGGCCAGUUGGAGGUGUCCUGAAUCUCCUCCUCAGAUCUUGUUUGCGCGCUGAACAAAAUGUCCUUCGAGCUUUGGGCCUGCAGCCGAUGUCUCCUGCACUGGCUUUGGAGGCUCCACCAGCAGAGAUAGAUUCAGAUAAAGGUGACAAUGCACCCAGUUUUCUUGACAGCAUAUUUUGGAUGGCUGCACCAAAAAGUAGAAGAACGAUAGAAGUCAAUCGCUGCCGGCGAAGGAAUCCAAGAAAUCUCAUAAAAGUGAAGGACAAUAUUGACAUGUGUCCAGAAUGUGGUCACCUGAAAUUAAAGCAUGUUCUUUGUGGCUUCUGCUAUGAGAAAAUUCGCCACGAAACUCAUCUGAUCAGGGAAGAAAUAAAGGCAAAGGAAGGAGGGCCCUUCAAAGCCCCCACAGUAGAGACUGUUGUUCUCUAUCAAGGGGAAAAACCACAUGCCGAAGAUGAAGGGAAGAGGAUUAUUGAAAGAAAUCGCAAGCGUCCAUCAUGGUUUGCCUAUUAAUAGCGAGUUUCACUGUUAGUGGCUGUACAUCUUCCAAUUCCAGAAAAUGAACUUGUCAAGAGUGCCCGUAUGCAUGAUUGCUUAAAGGCUUUCCAGAAACGCUAAUGGAUUAUUAGGACAGGAAUAUCAAAAUGAUUGUUUUGUGUGUUUUCAUCCUGUCUGCGAAGUCUACGUGUCUAUGUUGGAGAGUCUGUCUUACAGUUCCCAAAAGCUCAGUUCAAGGAGCCUCGUAAGCUCCAAAGAAAGUAAUCAAUUGUACAUAUUACACGGGUUUACUUCUAAGGCUUGCUAUGACAUGGUUAUUGUUUUUUAUUUUUUUGUUCAUAGCGCAAGUGGAAAGCAAAUUAUACUGAUCCAUUAGAGUCCCUGCAGUUCAUCAUGCAAGUGAAGCUUUCUGUAUACGCCUUUUGUACUAAGAAUGUGUAAUCACAUCACAUGGUCUAAAACUAUUUUGAAAAUAAAUCCAAAGUUGGCUUUCUUAA